GAGAGAGAGAGAGAGAAAGGGGGGUGGGGGGGACUGGGGGUCGGAGUGUGACUGUCAAAUCUACAUAUUCUCUUUCUAUAUACUUUUCUGAUUUCAGGGCCUCUGUACAGUAUCCGGAGACUCGACCAUAUCACCGAUCUUUUCUUUCCUUCAUCUUGAAUUUCUCGCCUCUGCAAUUUUCUUUCAAUCGGAAAAAAUGUCCCGGAUUUCCGAGGAUUGAAUUUUGACUUGGAAAUGGAGGGGGAUACAUUUUCAGGCCUCGGCAACGGGACCCAAGUUGAUGGCAAGGUCUUACAGACGUUUCAGAAGAGCUUUGUCCAAGUCCAAAACAUCUUAGAUCAGAACAGAUUGCUCAUCAACGAGAUCAACCAGAAUCACGAAUCGAAGAUUCCAGACAACUUGAGCCGAAAUGUGGGUCUUAUUAGGGAGCUUAACAACAACAUCAGGAGGGUUGUUGAUCUCUACUCAGACCUUUCAAGCUCCUUCACUAGAUCCAUGGAAGCUUCAUCGGAGGGGGAUUCUGGUGGGACAUUGAAAUCAGAUGGUAAGCUUGGCCAGAAGAGAAUUAGGCCCGGAUAGAGAUCUCUGCACCAAUUAUUUACAAAGUGGGAUAGAAGCAUUUCCAUUAUUAACGCUUGUAGGAUUUCAUUAGAUUCAGUAACUCUUCUGUAUCUGUAUCUGUAUCUGUAUCUGUAUCCUGGACUCUCCUUCCUAGCUAAAUUUAAUCUUUAGAAAUAAGUUCUAGAGAUCUCAUCAUUGUAAUUCUCUGUAACUCUGUUAGCCCAUUGAUGAAAUUAAGCAAGUUCGUGUUA